CACAAAUAGUGUGCAUGUAUAAAAUGAUUAUAAAAAGAUAUGAAAUAGAAAAGGAGAGUGGAAGAGUAAACGCAGUAAUCAAAAUUGAUGACGAUAAAAGGAUAAACGGACAGGAAUGUUAUCCUAAGAACAUAUAUCCUAAUUAAUAUUCAUUACUGCACCCGGGACGUGCUAUCCUGCAGCAAUAACCGUGGCAGAAGCAAUAAAUUAGUGAAGCCGUAUUCAUCUUUCGUGGAUUACUUAACCACCUUUCGGAUACUUAUUUACAGACAAAUAUAACACUUAUCUAUACAAAACAAUAGGUCUCUGUUUUGGUUAGCUAAAAGAAUCAAUAUAUUUCGUAUCGUUUUUUGGAGUUACCUAACCAUCUGUACAAAAACGCCUUUCCCUCAAAAAUAGAUAAUAAUUACUAGUAUUAUUAAUCUUCCUAUGAAUACAUUAUUUCCAUUUCCCCUAACAAUUCCAUUUUUUUCAGAUUUUUAUGAUCAUAUUAUGUCACAACAAAAUAUAAACAGCCCAUCCUCCCCGUGUUCCUCAUCGUCAGCAACUACAACACCAACACCAAUGUUACCAGUUAACACAAUAACAACAACACUGCCCAAUUCAUAUAAUCUUGCUGUGGAAAUUUUAAACUCUCUAGCUGUACACCACCAACAACAACAACAACAACAACGACAACAUAUUGAUGAUAAGAUAUCUCAGAAACUUCAGUUUCAAUCGCCUGAAAGUUUGCAAAAUCUGUCGCUCCAUUUAUUGAAUAUGACUAAUUCAUCAUUGAACCCUUUGAAUAAUAACAAUAAUAAUAAUAAUUUCAUGAAUCAUAUUCAUUUAUCAUCAAAUAAUAACUGUCAUGAUAAAUUUCACAACAGUAGUAAUUCAUCCUCUUGUCGACAAUUCAAAACUUCUAUAAAUCGAAUUGAAGAUGUAUCAAGUAUGCAUCAAGAUAAUAUUUCAAAUCCUUAUGAAAGAUUGGCUUCAUGGUCUUCUGCACUUUCAACAGCAUCACCUAAUGCUGUUGCAGCUUUUCAGCAUGCCUUAGCUCAAUUAGCACUACUUGGUCUAUCCUCUCCUUCAUCAACAAAUACUAAUGGUAUCGACUCGAAUACCAUGUCUGUAGAUAAUAUAACUAAUUUAUGUGAAUCAACAAAUCCAGUGUUAAAUUUAUCCCAAGAACAAACAAGCUGUAAAUUGUUAAACAAUCAUUUCAAAAAUUAUGACUGUGAUAAUAUUCCAGCAUCCACAGUAAAUUGUUCGAUAGUAAAUCCAGCAAAUAUGCAUAAAAAGUCCGAAGAAGGCUGUAAAAUAAUCAUCCGUCAGACAGCAGACGCUGAUGAACACUUUUUCAAAGCAUUGAGAGGAUUGAAAGUGGAUGUUUCAACUGACCUUAAGUCAUCUGAUUUCCAAAAAACAUCACGUACUACAGAGACAUGCAAUAAAAUAUCAGCACUUCCCUCACCCGACAAAUCAUCGAUUCAUUUACUCGAUUCUAGUCAAGAAAGAAUUAAACAUUUAUCAUAUGUAGAAGAUAAAAAGGAAGAGAAGGAGAAGAGGACGCGUUCCGCUGCAGAACUAGCCGUAGAUGAACAUUUCGAAAAAUCUUUAGCAGCAUUUCGUGCUUCCACAUCUUCAAAAAAGUCCACUGAUCAUCUUUUACACGAUGAUCAUGUGAAAUCUAAGUCGGUCUUAUCAAAUUCCAAGGAUAACAACUCAAUAAACAACAUUUCAGUUAGUUCUGAUUCAUACUUACAGAAUGAUAUACCGAUAACUUUCGAUUCUAAAAUUCAGCAUAAGUCUUUACAAACGGUCCCGAGGGGUGAAUUGUACGAUGUGAAUUCAAUACUUCAAUACAAUAAUGAUAAUAAUAUCAAGCCCACAUCCAAUCCUAAUUUGACAAUAUCAUGUGAAAAUACUCACUUUUUUCCAUUAACUGCCUCGGUAUCAUCAAGGCAAUCAACUAAUAUCAAUGAGAUGAAUGCUGAGAAUGGAAUGAAUUCUUUGACUCAAGUUCACAGUCCAACUGUUUCUACUAAUCGAUUCAAAAUGAAAUUCGCCUCAUCAUCUACAUCCUUACCACCAUUACUUCCUAUUAAUUCAUUUAAACCGAAGAAAAACUGGCUUGCCCAAUAUGACUGGAGAUAUCAACAAUCUGAGACAACAAAUAUUAGUCCUACCACGCCAAAUACAAAUCAGUCUAUUUUCGAUUCAUCUGGAUCAUCCCCAUCUUCUGUAAAUAUAACUGGUGAGAGUAUGGAAGAUGUUCAACAGAUUUCAAAUAUAUCCAUGCCAAAAUUGCAUAUAAUCUCCGAAUUAUGCAAUAUAAACAGUUUAAGUAAAAAUAAUGAUAAAAAUAAUGAUGGUGAUAAUAAUGACGGUUUGUUCACAGAGGAAGCUCCAGACAUAAAAAAUGAUCAAGACUACAUCUUUGUGCAUUCUUCAUCAUCUUCCUGUUCUUCAUCUUCCUUCUCUACCAAUAAUACAAAUGAACACUGUGAAAUUAACAGCAAUACAGAUCAACAACAGCACCAACAACGGUCAGUCAAUACACCACCAAAAAUUUGGAAUAUAAACAAAUCAAAAUUCUCGUUCCCUAAAAUUGAUACAACACCUUUAGAUGACAAAGAAGACGGCGGUAAAAGCGAAGCAAAAAAAAAGUUGGACUGUCAAGUUUAUCUAAAUACUGAAGACUUCAGAGGGAAAAGGAAAACUGAAGAAGAUACUGAUGAAAAACAGUUCCCUACAUCCAGUGAUAAAAACAAUAACCCUAACAGAUCUAAUCAAGAUUCGAAUUGGAGAUUUUCCAGUUCAAUGUCAUCUUCUCCAAUAUUUCAAGAUAAUGAACAAACAUCCGAAGAAGAUCCUUCCAAAGAUGCUUUCUUCAGUAGUGGUUCUACAUACAGCCUAGACUCAACCAUAAAUUCAGGAUCAUUCAAACGAAAUGAGAUGAAUGCAAUGAUCUCUAAUAAAGACAAUAAUCAUAGUAGUAAACUGAAAGAUGAAGUUAGCAGUAAAUUUUCCACUGGACAACAAUCUUUAUUACAUCAAAGUCAUAGCUGUAACAAACAAUAUCAACUACAAUCGAUGACAAGUGAAAUGAAUGACAAGUUUGAUAAUGACGAAGCAUUGCAUAAUUCAUGGAGUUUACGUAAACGUGUAUCCUCUGAUGUAAGUCCAUGGUCUACGUUGAAGCGGUCUAGAUCAGUGCUAACAUCGCCAAGUUUAAGUAGUGAUAAAUCUUCAGUGAAUAUUGCUUCAUCAAGUGAAUUGUGUUCCGAAGAAGCUUAUCAAAUAAACGAAGAGUGUGAAAUGUACAAUGUAAAUGAUAGAGGUUUUGUUCAUAGUAAAUCAAUGGACAGUACUCUGAAUCCAUUCGAUAGUAUCAAUUCCAAUAUAAAAUUAUCCAAAUGUAUUAUAUCUAAAUGUAAAUCAAUAACAGAUACUGAAACACUAACUGAAAAGAAAAAAACUUGUAGUGAACCAAAUGUGCCUACAAGUGGAUCUAAUACUUCAAAGGAAAAAUCACUCACAGGUGCAUUAUCGUCUCCAUCAUUCCGUCAACUUGAGCAUCAUCUUAAUCCUUAAUAUUACCUGCUAAAUCAGUCAUUAGUACAAAACCUGUCAUUAUUAAAACAAAAAUACGUGUAUAUUUAAGAUCUCUGAUGAUCAGCACUUAAAGCUAGAACAUCUUAAUUAUCCGGUGGAGAGAAAAGUAACUCGGAGAUUAUUUCAGUCAACCUUCUAAUUAAUCUUUCUUUAAAUCUUACACAAUCAUAUCUUCAGGUCAAUGUUCAAUUCACGUGUCUCUACUUGUUUUGACCUUCAAAUAUCCCGAAAACCGAGAAUUGACAUCUAUAUUAAAUCACUACUACGUUUUUAGUUUUGCGUGCAUCUUCAUUAACAUAUGCUUCUUAUAUAUAUAUAUAUAUA